UUAAUGGCUUCAUCCAGGAGCUCCAGCAGUGACUGCUCCACUGUCAUUGAUCACAGCCAUGUCCCAGCUUUUGAGGUGGCCACCUGGAUCAAAAUCACCCUCUUCCUGGUGUACCUGAUCAUCUUUGUGGUAGGAAUCCUGGGGAAUAGCGUCACCAUUCGGGUCACCCAGGUACUGCAGAAGAAGGGCUACUUGCAGAAGGAGGUGACAGAUCACAUGGUGAGUUUGGCUUGCUCAGACAUCUUGGUCUUCCUCAUUGGCAUGCCCAUGGAGUUUUACAGCAUCAUCUGGAACCCCCUGACCACACCCAGCUACUCCUUGUCCUGUAAGCUUCACACUUUCCUCUUUGAGACUUGCAGCUAUGCCACGCUGCUACAUGUGCUGACGCUCAGCUUUGAGCGCUAUGUGGCCAUCUGUCAUCCCUUCAGGUAUAAGGCUGUUUCUGGGCCCUGCCAGGUGAAACUGCUGAUUGCCUUUGUCUGGGUCACCUCUGCCCUGGUAGCAUUGCCCUUGCUUUUUGCCAUGGGUGUUGAGUACCCUCUGGUGAAUGUGCCCAGUCACCGGGGUCUCAGUUGCAACCGUUCUCGAACCCGCCACCACGAGCACCCUGAGUCCUCCAACAUGUCCAUCUGUACCAGCCUCUCCAGCCGCUGGACUGUGUUCCAGUCCAGCAUCUUUGGUGCCUUCAUCGUCUAUCUCUUGGUCCUGGUCUCCGUGGCCUUCAUGUGCUGGAACAUGAUGCAGGUGCUCCAGAGGAGCAAGCAGGGCACGCUGGCUGGGACCGGGCAACAGCUGCAGAUGAGAAAGUCAGAGAGUGAGGAGAGUCGGACUGCCAGGAGGCAGACUAUCAUCUUCCUGAGUGAGUCACUGUGGAGGGCGAUCUGGGAGCAGCACCCCACCUUCACCUGA